GACAACAGAAAGCAACCUAUAGCUGUGAAAGAACAAGUAAAACUGCCUUCAAAACAUAUGGCUCCACCAGCAGGAAGCGCGGUCACAUCAGUACCGCUGCCACCACAGGGUACUGCCGAUGAACAGUCGUUGAGAACCUACUUCAAAACGAAGAUUGAUGAAGCACAGCAAAGAGUACUCGAGAAGAAUCAGAACGUUCUUCGUUUACAGGCACAACGUAAUGAACUUAAUUCUAAGGUUCGUAUGCUCAAGGAAGAGCUCCAGCAGCUUCAUGAACAAGGCAGUUAUGUUGGUGAAGUAAGCAAAGCUAUGGAUAAAAAGAAAGUGCUUGUAAAGGUCCAUCCGGAGGGAAAGUAUGUGGUGGAUGUUGAUAAGGGUAUCGAUGUUGCAACGAUUAAUGCGGGUUGUCGUGUAGCACUGCGAGCUGAUAGUUAUGCUCUACACAAAAUUCUACCAAACAAGGUUGACCCUCUUGUAUCACUUAUGAUGGUUGAAAAGGUGCCAGAUUCAACGUACGAAAUGAUUGGAGGUUUAGACAAACAGAUUAAGGAAAUCAAGGAGGUCAUUGAGCUACCCGUAAAACACCCGGAGCUGUUUGAAGCUCUCGGUAUUGCGCAACCUAAAGGAGUGCUUUUGUAUGGACCACCGGGAACUGGGAAGACCUUGUUGGCCAGAGCCGUGGCACAUCAUACGGAGUGCACAUUUAUCCGUGUAUCUGGUUCAGAACUCGUGCAGAAAUUCAUUGGAGAAGGAGCUAGAAUGGUUCGCGAACUGUUCGUCAUGGCUAGAGAACAUGCUCCUUCCAUCAUUUUCAUGGACGAAAUCGAUUCCAUCGGAUCUAGUCGUGUUGAAGGAUCAAGCGGUGGUGAUUCGGAAGUGCAGCGAACCAUGCUUGAGUUAUUAAACCAGUUAGAUGGAUUUGAGGCAACAAAGAACAUCAAGGUCAUCAUGGCUACCAACAGAAUUGACAUUCUUGACCCUGCUUUAUUACGACCAGGCAGAAUCGAUAGAAAGAUCGAGUUUCCUGCUCCUGAUGAGAAGGCACGCGCUGAUAUCCUCAAAAUCCACUCACGUAAGAUGAACUUGAUGCGCGGGAUUAACAUGAGAAAAAUCGCCGAAGCAAUUCCUGGUGCAAGUGGAGCGGAAGUGAAGGCAGUUUGCACAGAAGCGGGUAUGUUUGCUCUUCGCGAAAGGCGUAUUCAUGUUACGCAAGAAGAUUUUGAAAUGGCAGUGGGAAAGGUGAUGCAAAAAGAUUCCGAAAAGAACAUGUCGAUAAAGAAGUUGUGGAAGUAGUCUGGAAGUUGUUCUGGAACAUUAUUGCGUGUAUUAAUUCCUUAUCUUAUGGAACGUGUGGUCUCUCCAUGUGCAGAAUAAAUUUGAAUUUCUUACACGAUUAUGCUUUGGUUUUUGCAAGUUGAGUGCUUCCA